AUGGAUAGGAUGGAUGGAUGGCUUUCUCGAUAUAUGGUUGCGAGUGAGUUGGCCACCUUACGUAACGACCGACUGGACCUCCACUUGGUCGAUACAAGUAGCACCGAGCAAGUGGUGGGUGAUGACGAACAAGACCAUAACGAUAACUUGGAGAUCGUAAAUAUCCACGGUAUCAAACGGACUCGACUGACCCCCCAAGCGGCAGAAGCUAAGAGGUUGAAAGAGCAAAGUAAAAUCGAAGCGUACUUGGCCUUGGAGCAGGAUGUAUUAGGUAGAAAACAUAGGAAAGAGUACAAUAUUGAAUCAUUAGACCAAACGACAAGGCUGUUGGAUCUGAAUCCUGAAUUCUAUACGAUAUGGAAUUACAGGCGGAAUAUAUUGCUGGGGCUGUUCCCUUCACUAUCCCCUGAAGAAGUAGUUUCCCACCUCACUACCGACCUUCGACUUACGACUUCGUAUCUCCUCGUUCACCCCAAAGUAUACUGGAUAUGGAAUCAUAGGAAAUGGUGUUUGGAAUCUGUACCAGAUGGACCGGGGGAUACGGUAACAUGGAAAGAGGAAUUUUGGAAAGGUGAACUGAAAUUGGUCGAAAAGAUGUUGGAUGCCGAUUCGAGAAAUUUCCACGCAUGGGAUUAUCGUCGAUACGUCCUUUCCUCACUACCCACCCAAAGACCACUUUCAGACGAGUUGAAAUACACUCAGACGAAGAUCGAAUCGAAUUUCUCCAAUUUCUCAGCAUGGCACUGUAGGACUAAAACUUUAUCCGCUAUAUGGGAGAAGGAGGGCACUAAUCAGCAGGAAAUCAACAAAACCAAAGAUGAGGAAUUCGAAUUGAUUACUCAGGCUUUAUGGACGGACCCAAAUGAUCAGAGCGGUUGGUUAUACCAUAGAUGGUUGAUUGGAUCAGAACCUCCACUAGGGGUUUUACAGAUAGAAAUCAAGAACAUUAAAGAUCUAUAUGAAGCAGAGCCAGAUUCUAAAUGGUGUAUCAACGCUUUAGCACACUAUACGCUUCUACUUUCCAAGGAUCCAUCGACAACGCAAGAAGAUCAACUAAUGUUGAAAGAGGAAGCUAGAAGUCUGUAUAAGAAAUUGGAAGAAGUCGAUAUAGAUAGGAAAGAGAGGUAUAGAGAUAUGGGUACGUAA